AUGUCUGCUCUUUCGUCUAGCGCUGCCGUGCACAACGGCACCAUCUACCCGACCACGACCACGACCACUGCCACUACCACGGAGACCUUUACCACCACCUACACUCAUUGUGGCAAGGCUGCUGAUGCCACCACUGUUUGGGAUGCCACCUACACCAUCAUUGAGGUCGUCUGCGGCGAUUCGGGUAGCUGGACCAAGCCCACCAUCCCUCCCAACUUUGUCGAGACCGUUGUUGUCUGCAACGAGACUCCCGUGACUAUCACCUGCCCCGUGGAGACCGGCAAGCAGACCGGCAGCGUCUCCAUCUACGGCAACGGUGUGACCGCCACGGCCGCGGCCGAUGCCCAUGCCACUGCCAACGCCAACGCGGGCGGUAACGGCGGCUCAUCCGCCUCGGCCAAUGCCAAUGCCAACGCCAAUGCUAAUGCCAACGCGGGCGGUAACGGUGGUUCAUCUGCUUCUGCCGAAGCCCACGCUGAGGCUAAUGCCAACGCCAACGCUGGCGGCAAGGGUGGCAGCGGCGGCUCUUCUGCUGGUGCUUCGGCCAACGCCAACGCCAAUGCCAACGCCAAUGCUGGCGGCAAGGGUGGCAGCGGCGGCUCUUCUGCUGGUGCUUCGGCCAAUGCCAAUGCCAAUGCGAACGCGAACGCUGGCGGCAACGGCGGCAACGGCGGCAACGGCGGCUCGUCGUCAUCGUCGGCCAAUGCGAACGCCAACUCCAACGGCAACUCCGGCACCACCGUCUGCAUCAACGGCAAGUGCUCCAGCACCUGGCACAAUGGCACCAACACUGGUUCGGGUGGGCGCGCUUCGGCCAGCGCUUCGGCCCAUGCUACCGCGGUCGUGACGGCUGGCUCGGCUACGCUCAAGAACUCCCUGACCCUGGCGGGCGCUGCGUUCCUGCUGGUCGGCCCCUUCCUUCUGUAA